AUGGCUCCGUGCUGCUCUGACUCAGGUUUUCUUACCGCUGGAGAAAACGCUGCUAAUCAGCAAAUAGCUUUCCGUCGGCUUGUUUGUAGCCCGUCAGCUCCAAAACUGCAUGAUCUCAUGGUCGAGGCUGCUCUGAACGCUGUCGGACCCGAAGAGCCCGAGUUAUGUGAUGUAGGAGAGUUUCUGUGUGGGGACGGUGCGACCUGCGUCUCCCAGCACUGGCUGUGCGAUGGAGAGCCUGACUGUCCUGAUGAUUCAGAUGAGUCUUUAGCCACAUGUCCCGAGGAAGCAGAUGCCAAGUGCACCCUGAAUUAUGUCAGCUGCAUUGGUACAAACAAAUGCAUUCACUUGUCCCAGCUCUGCAAUGGUGUUUAUGACUGUUCUGAUGGGUAUGAUGAAGGAGUACAUUGCCGGGAAUUGUUACCCAAAUGCCACCAGAUGAAUUGCCAGUACAAAUGUGCCAUUACCAGGAACGGCACCAGGUGCUACUGUGGAGAUGGCUAUGAAACAAGCAGUGAUGGAAGAAGCUGCACAGAUUUGAAUGAAUGUAAUAUCUAUGGAAGCUGUAGCCAGAUGUGCAUUAAUACAGAUGGAUCAUACACUUGCAGCUGUGUGGAGGGUUAUGUACUUCAGCCUGACAACAAGUCCUGCAGUGCCAAAAAUGAACCUGCUGAUAGACCUCCUCUUCUUCUGAUUGCAAGCUCUGAAACAAUUGAGGUGCUGUAUGUUAAUGGCAGCAAAGUGUCUACCCAAACUCCUGUGAAAGGAUCUGCUAUUUUGACACUGGACUAUAGCUACAAAGAGGACACAGUUUGUUGGAUUGAAUCAAGAGAUCUUUCCAGUCAGCUGAAGUGUGCCAAGAUGACAAAAGCUGGGAAGUUAACAGAGGAGUGGAUAAUAAAUAUUGCUCAGUAUCUCCAUAACAUACAGCAAAUAGCAAUUGACUGGAUCACUGGCAAUUUUUACUUUGUGGAUCAUGUGAGUGACAGGAUCUUUGCUUGCAACCAGAACGGAUCAGUGUGCAUCACCCUCGUCGAGCUGGAUCUCACUAACCCUAAGGCUAUAGCUCUUGAUCCAACAUCAGGAAAGCUUUUCUUUACAGACUAUGGGAAUGCUGCCAAGGUGGAGAGAUGUGACAUGGAUGGGAUGAACAGGACAUGGAUAGUAGACUCUAAAAUUGAACAGCCCACUGCACUGGCACUAGAUCUCAUCAAUAAAUAUGUGUACUGGGUUGACAUAUAUUUGGAUACUGUGGAAGUUGUUGACUAUCAAGGGAGAAAGAGGCAUACAAUAAUUAAAGGCAGACAAAUUAGGCAUCUUUGUGGUUUGUCAGUAUUUGAUAACUAUUUGUAUACAGUUAAUUCAGAUAACCUCAGCAUUUUACGAAUAAACAGAUAUAAUGGCACUGAUCUUCAGUCUCUUGGUACACUUGACAAAGCUAAAGAGAUCCGGGUUUACCAGAAGAGAACUCAAACAGCAGUCAGAAGCCACGCGUGUGAGGUGGACCCCUAUGGGAUGCCAGGGGGCUGUUCCCACAUCUGUCUGCUCGGCAGCAACUACAAAGCACGGACGUGUCGCUGCAGGACGGGCUUCAUCCUGGGCAGUGACGGCAGGUCCUGCAAAAGACCAAAGAAUGAAUUGUUUCUUUUUUAUGGGAAGGGACGCCCAGGAAUUAUACGGGGAAUGGACCUGAAUACCAAAGUAUCUGAUGAAUACAUGAUCCCUAUAGAAAACCUGGUCAACCCUCGUGCUCUGGACUUCCAUGCUGAAACCAAUUACAUUUACUUUGCUGAUACUACCAGUUUCCUAAUUGGACGACAGAAAAUUGAUGGCACAGAGCGAGAAACAAUCCUCAAAGAUGAUCUUGAUAAUGUAGAAGGUAUAGCAGUGGACUGGAUUGGAAAUAAUCUUUAUUGGACAAACGAUGGCCACAGGAAAACCAUUGCUGUAGCCAGACUGGAAAAAGCUGCUCAGAGUAGAAAGACUUUGUUGGAGGGAGACAUGUCCCACCCCAGAGGAAUUGUUGUUGAUCCCGUCAAUGGCUGGAUGUAUUGGACAGACUGGGAAGAAGAUGAAAUAGAUGACAGCGUGGGAAGAAUUGAGAAGGCAUGGAUGGAUGGCUACAGUCGGCAGAUUUUUGUAACAUCAAAGAUGCUGUGGCCAAAUGGUUUAACUCUGGACUAUCGUGCCAAUGUAUUGUACUGGUGUGACGCCUAUUAUGAUCACAUUGAAAGGAUAUUUUUGAAUGGAACUGAGAGAAAGGUUGUCUACAGUGGAAAAGAUUUGAAUCAUCCUUUUGGACUAUCCCAUCACGGAAAUUAUAUUUACUGGACAGAUUAUAUGAAUGGGUCCAUUUUUCAGUUGGAUCUGGUUACAAGGAAUGUGACACUGCUGAGAAGUGAGAGACCACCUUUGUUUGGACUCCAGAUUUAUGAUCCACGUAAACAGCAAGGUGAUAAUCCAUGUCGUGUUAAUAAUGGAGGCUGCAGCACUCUUUGUUUAGCCAUUCCUGGAGGCCGAGUUUGUGCCUGUGCUGAUAAUCAGCUUCUGGAGGAAAACAGCACAACCUGCAUGAUUAAGCAGGGGGAAGUGCUGCCACAGUUGUGCAAAGCUGAGCAGUUUCAGUGUAACAAUAAGCGCUGUAUCCAGGAUCGCUGGCGCUGUGACGGAGAUGACGACUGUCUGGAUGGCAGUGAUGAGCAUUCUGAGAUUUGCUUCAAUCAUAGUUGUCCUGAUGAUCAAUUCAAGUGCCAAAAUAAUCGCUGCAUUCCCAAGAGGUGGCUUUGUGAUGGGGCUAAUGAUUGUGGUAAUAACGAAGAUGAAUCAAAUAAAACAUGUGCAGCAAGAACGUGUCAGGUCGACCAGUUUUCUUGUGGGAAUGGACGCUGUAUCCCAGCAUCAUGGCUUUGUGACAGGGAGGAUGACUGUGGAGAUGAAACAGAUGAAAUGACAUCCUGUGAAUUCCCAACGUGUGAGCCACUAACUCAAUUUAUAUGCAGAAAUGGAAGAUGCAUUAGCAGCAAGUGGCUCUGUGAUUCAGAUGAUGACUGUGGUGAUGAAAGUGAUGAACUAGGCUGCAUUCACUCCUGUUCUGCUGAUCAGUUCAGAUGUCACAAUGGUAGAUGUAUCCCAAGCCAUUGGGCAUGUGAUGGUGACAAUGACUGUGGAGACUUCAGUGACGAAACCAAAACAAACUGUAGCAAGGAAGAAACUCCCUCUCCUGGAAGAUGCAAUGGGAAGGAAUUUCAGUGCAGUCCUGAUGGGACCUGUGUUCCUGAGUUGUGGCGCUGUGAUGGAGAAAAGGACUGUGAAGAUGGUAGUGAUGAAAAAGGCUGUAAUGGAACUAUACGACUGUGUGAUGAAAAAACAAAGUUCUCCUGCAAGAGUACAGGGAGAUGCAUUAGCAAAGCGUGGCUAUGUGAUGGCGAUAUUGAUUGUGAGGAUCAGUCUGAUGAGGAUAAUUGCGAGGGCUAUAUGUGUGGACCACCAAAAUACCCUUGUGCUAAUGAUACCUCCAUCUGCCUACAGCCUGAGAAGCUCUGCAAUGGGAGAAGAGAUUGUCCCGAUGGAUCUGAUGAAGGCGAUCUUUGUGAUGAAUGUUCCCUUAACAAUGGUGGAUGUAGCCAUCAAUGUUCAGUGGUUCCUGGAGGAAGAAUUGUAUGCUCCUGCCCUGCAGGAUUCAGCCUCAGUACAGACAACAAAACCUGUGAGAUUAUGGAUUACUGUACCAAGCACCUUAGGUGUAGUCAAGUAUGUGAACAGCAUAAAAAUACCGUCAAGUGCUCGUGUUAUGAAGGCUGGAAGCUCAGUAAGGAUGGAGAGAAUUGUGUUAGUACUGAUCCAUUUGAAGCUUUCAUAAUUUUUUCCAUUCGACAUGAGAUCAGGAAAAUUGAUCUUCACAAACGUGACUACAGCCUCUUAGUUCCUGGUUUAAGAAAUACAAUAGCACUUGAUUUUCAUUUCAGUCAGAGUUUACUGUACUGGACAGAUGUGGUAGAAGACAAAAUUUACAGAGGCAAGCUUUCUGAUACUGGAGGUGUUAGUGCCAUUGAAGUGGUGGUUCAACAUGGCCUGGCCACACCUGAAGGUCUUACUGUAGAUUGGAUUGCAGGGAAUAUAUACUGGAUAGACAGCAAUUUGGACCAAAUUGAAGUAGCAAAAUUAGAUGGCACUUUGAGAACAACAUUAAUAGCAGGAGCUAUGGAACAUCCAAGGGCUAUUGCUUUGGAUCCCAGAUAUGGAAUUCUGUUUUGGACAGACUGGGAUGCAAAUUUUCCUCGCAUUGAAUCCGCUUCCAUGAGCGGAGCAGAAAGGAAGAUCAUAUAUAAAGAUAUGGAUACUGGAGCCUGGCCCAAUGGCCUUACUGUAGAUCACUUUGAGAAAAGAAUAGUAUGGACAGAUGCCAGAUCGGAUGCUAUUUAUUCUGCAUUAUAUGAUGGAACUGGCAUGAUAGAGAUCAUACGGGGUCAUGAAUAUCUUUCACACCCUUUUGCUGUUUCUUUGUAUGGGAGUGAAGUCUAUUGGACAGAUUGGAGGACCAAUACACUUGCAAAAGCCAAUAAAUGGACAGGCCAAAAUGUCAGUGUAAUACAAAAAACAAGUGCUCAGCCAUUUGAUCUUCAGAUAUAUCAUCCAAGUCGUCAACCCCAAGCCUCCAAUCCAUGUGCUGCUAACGAGGGCAGAGGUCCAUGUUCUCACAUGUGUCUGAUCACUCACAACAGAAGUGCAGCAUGUGCCUGUCCACAUCUGAUGAAACUGUCUUCAGACAGGAAGACAUGUUAUGAAAGGAAGAAAUUUCUUCUUUAUGCAAGGCAUUCAGAAAUAAGAGGAGUGGACAUAGAAAAUCCUUACUUCAACUUCAUCACAGCCUUCACUGUUCCUGACAUUGAUGAUGUGACAGUCAUAGAUUUUGAUGCCGUUGAGGAACGUUUAUACUGGACUGAUGUGAAAACACAGACCAUCAAGCGUGCCUUCAUUAAUGGAACUGGCUUAGAAACUAUUAUUUCAAGAGAUAUUCAGAGUAUCAGAGGUCUUGCUGUGGAUUGGAUAUCACGUAAUUUAUAUUGGAUUAGCUCAGAAUUUGAUGAAACACAGAUUAACGUGGCCCAUUUGGAUGGUUCCUUGAAAACCUCAAUCAUACAUGGAAUUGAUAAACCCCAGUGUCUUGCAGUUCACCCAGUAAAAGGUAAACUCUACUGGACAGAUGGUAACACCAUUAACAUGGCAAACAUGGAUGGCAGCAACAGCAAAAUACUCUUUCAGAAUCAAAAAGAUCCUGUUGGUUUAUCGAUAGAUUAUGGGGAGAACAAACUUUACUGGAUCAGUUCAGGAAAUGGAACCAUAAAUAGAUGUGACUUGGAUGGUGGCAAACUUGAAAUAAUAGAGUCAAUGAAAGAAGACUUAACAAAAGCCACAGCUUUAACCAUUAUGGAUAAAAAGCUUUGGUGGGCAGACCAGAACUCAGCUCAGAUUGGUACCUGUAACAAAAAAGAUGGAAGAAACCCCACUGUCCUGCGAAACAAAACCUCAGGAGUUGUACAUAUGAAAGUGUAUGAUAAAGCAGCUCAGAAAGGUAGCAAUUCUUGUCAGUUAAACAACGGUGGGUGCUCCCAGCUUUGUUUACCAACAUCAGAAACCACCAGGACUUGUGUGUGUACAGUAGGCUACAACCUGCAAAAAAAUCGCAUGGCCUGCAAAGGUAUUGAAUCAUUUCUUAUGUAUUCUGUUCAUGAAGGAAUUAGAGGAAUUCCUCUUGAUCCAAAUGAUAAAAUGGAUGCUUUAAUGCCUAUAUCUGGAACUUCAUUUGCUGUCGGCAUAGAUUUCCAUGCAGGAAAUGAUACAAUCUACUGGACAGACAUGGGUUUCAACAAAAUUAGCAGAUCUAAAAGAGACCAGACAUGGAAAGAAGACAUUGUUACAAAUGGUUUGGGAAGAGUUGAAGGCAUUGCAGUGGACUGGAUAGCAGGUAACAUAUAUUGGACAGACCAUGGCUUCAACUUAAUUGAAGUGGCCAGGCUCAACGGCUCCUUCCGAUAUGUAAUUAUAUCCCAGGGUUUGGACCAGCCAAGAUCUAUUGCAGUUCACCCAGAAAAAGGGUAUUUAUUUUGGACAGAGUGGGGACAGACCCCUUGCAUAGGCAAGGCACACUUAGAUGGGUCUCAGAAGGUUGUCCUUGUCAGCCUGGGGAUUGCGUGGCCUAAUGGGAUUUCCAUCGACUAUGAGGAAAAUAAAUUAUAUUGGUGUGAUGCUCGUACCGACAAGAUAGAAAGAAUUGACCUUGAGACUGGAGGGAAUCGGGAGAUUGUGCUGUCAGGGAGCAAUGUGGAUAUGUUUUCAGUCGUGGUGUUUGGAGCUUACAUCUACUGGUCUGACAGAGCACAUGCAAAUGGCUCUAUUAGAAGAGGCCACAAGAAUGAGGCCACGGAUGCUGUGACCAUGAGGACUGGCCUUGGAAUAAACCUGAAGGAAGUGAAAGUCUUUAAUAGAGCACGAGAGAAAGGUACUAAUGUUUGUGCCAAGAAUAAUGGUGGAUGUCAUCAGCUUUGCCUUUAUCGGGGAAAUGGCCAGAGAACAUGUGCUUGUGCUCAUGGCUAUCUUGCAGAAGAUGGAAUUACUUGCCUGAGACAUGAAGGUUACCUAUUGUAUUCAGGAAGAACAAUAUUAAAAAGUAUACACCUUUCAGAUGAAACCAACUUAAAUUCACCAGUUAGACCAUAUGAAAAUCCAGAGUACUUCAGAAACGUGAUAGCUCUUGCUUUUGACUACAGCCUGAAAGGAAGAGGCACGAACCGCAUCUUCUUCAGCGAUGCACACUUUGGUAAUAUACAAGUUAUUAAAGACAACUGGGCUGGAAGAAAAGUGCUAAUUGAAAAUGUUGGGUCAGUGGAGGGACUUGCUUAUCACAGAGCUUGGGACACUCUCUAUUGGACCAGUUCAACCACCUCCUCAAUCACGAGACACACUGUUGACCAGAAGCGUCGAGGAGCUUUCAACCGGGAAGCAGUGAUAACCAUGUCUGAAGAUGAUCAUCCCCAUGUGUUAGCUCUAGAUGAAUGUCAAAACUUAAUGUUUUGGACUAACUGGAAUGAGCAGCUCCCAAGCAUUAUGAGAUCUACCCUCUCAGGCAAAAAUGCACAGGUCAUCAUUAGUACAGAUAUUCUGACACCAAAUGGACUUACCAUCGAUCAUAGGGCAGAGAAACUUUACUUUUCAGAUGGCAGCUUGGGAAAAAUUGAGAGGUGUGAAUACGAUGGAUCACAAAGAUAUGUAAUUGUCAAAUCUGGACCAGGCACCUUUCUCAGCCUGGCUGUGUACGAUGAUUAUAUCUUCUGGUCAGAUGGAGUGAGGAGAGCGAUUCUGCGUUCCAGUAAAUACACAGGAGGAGACACAAAAGUUCUUCGUUCUGAUAUCCCCCAUCAGCCAAUGGGCAUCAUUGCUGUCGCAAACGACACCAACAGUUGUGAGUUAUCUCCUUGUGCACAAAUGAAUGGAGGUUGUCACGAUUUAUGCCUUCUAACUCCUGAUGGACGAGUAAACUGUUCGUGUCGAGGGGAUAGAAUGCUGAUAGAUGAUAACAGAUGUGUGAGUAAAAAUUCUACUUGUAACAUUUUUUCUGAGUUUGAAUGUGGGAAUGGUGAAUGCAUUGAUUAUCAGCUGACUUGUGAUGGCAUCGCUCAUUGUAAGGACAAGUCUGAUGAGAAGCUUUUCUACUGUGAAAACAGAGGCUGUCGGAAGGGUUUCAAGCCAUGUACUAAUCGUCGCUGUGUGUCAAGUAACAAAGUAUGUGAUGGUGCAAAUGACUGUGGUGACAACUCUGAUGAGGUUGACUGUAAAGAUUCGACAUGUGCUUCAACAGAAUUCCAUUGUGCAGAUGGGAUUUGCAUUGGAAAAUCAGCACAGUGCAACCAGAUCAUUGAUUGUGCAGAUGCUUCUGAUGAAAAGAACUGCAAUAAUACAAACUGUGCUUACUUCUACAAACUUGGAAUAAAAUCUUCAGGAUUUAUUAGCUGUAAUUCUACUUCACUUUGUAUACUGCCAGAAUGGAUAUGUGAUGGAUCUAAUGACUGUGGAGAUUAUACAGAUGAACUAAAAUGCCCAGUUCAAAACAAACCCACAUGUGAAGAAAAUUAUUUUGGUUGUCCUAGUGGAAGAUGUAUUCUGACCACCUGGCUUUGUGAUGGGCAGAAAGACUGUGAGGAUGGAGUAGAUGAAUUGCACUGUGAUUCAUCUUGCUCAUGGAAUCAAUUUGCUUGUUCUGCCAACAAAUGCAUCUCCAAGCAAUGGACUUGUGAUGGAGAGGAUGACUGUGGAGAUGGUUUAGAUGAAAGUGAUGCUAUUUGUGGCUCAGUGACCUGUGCAGCAGAUACGUUCAGUUGCUUGGGCUCCCAUGCCUGUGUCCCCCUGCACUGGCUUUGUGAUGGUGAAAGGGACUGUCCUAAUGGAAGUGAUGAGCUGGCAGCAGCAGGCUGUGCUCCUAAUAACACUUGUGACGAGAAUGCUUUCAUGUGCCAUAACAAAGUCUGCAUUCCCAAACAAUUCGUAUGUGACCAUGAUGAUGACUGUGGAGAUGGAUCAGAUGAAUCUCUGGAAUGUGGGUAUCGUCACUGUCGUCCUGGAGAAUUCACCUGUGCUGAUGGAAGAUGCCUGUUGAAUUCCCAGUGGCAAUGUGAUGGGGAUUUUGACUGCCCAGACCAUUCUGAUGAAGCACCUAUAAACAUAAAAUGCAAAAGUUCAGAGCAGUCAUGUAACAACUCUUUUUUUAUGUGCAAAAAUGGCAAGUGUAUUCCUCAAAGCAAUGUCUGUGAUAACAAAGAAGAUUGCAGUGAUGGAUCUGAUGAGAAAAGCUGCCACAUUAAUGAAUGCCUCAGUAAGAAAGUUAGUGGCUGUUCUCAGGAUUGUCAGGAUCUUCCUGUUGGAUACAAGUGCAAAUGCUGGCCUGGAUUCCGGCUGAAGGAUGAUGGCAAAACAUGUGUAGAUAUUGAUGAAUGUUCUACUGGAUUUCCCUGUAGCCAGCAAUGCAUCAAUACAUAUGGAACAUACAAAUGCUUGUGUGCAGAUGGGUAUGAAAUACAGCCUGAUAACCUAAAUGGCUGCAAGUCCCUUUCAGAUGAGGAACCUUUCUUAAUUCUGGCUGAUCAUCAUGAAAUAAGAAAAAUUAGCACUGAUGGAUCCAACUACACUUUGUUGAAACAGGGACUAAACAAUGUGAUUGCAAUAGACUUUGACUAUAGAGAAGAGUUCAUCUAUUGGAUUGAGUCCAGCAGACCAAAUGGCAGUCGCAUAAACAGGAUGUGCUUAAAUGGAAGUGAUCUCAAGGUAGUCCACAACACAGCUGUUCCCAAUGCACUGGCUGUCGAUUGGAUUGGGAAGAAUCUCUAUUGGUCCGAUACUGAGAAGAGAAUUAUUGAGGUGUCUAAACUCAGUGGCUUAUACCCUACUGUCCUUGUGAGCAAAAGGGUGAAGUUUCCUAGAGAUCUGUCCUUAGAUCCUCAAGCUGGAUACCUGUACUGGAUUGAUUGCUGUGAGUAUCCUCACAUUGGCCGUGUGGGUAUGGAUGGCUCCAGUCAAACAGUUGUCAUAGAAACACAGAUAUCUAGGCCUAUGGCUCUUACAAUAGAUUAUGUCAACCAUAGACUGUAUUGGGCUGAUGAAAAUCAUAUUGAGUUUUCUGACAUGGAUGGAUCUCACAGACAUAAAGUCCCUAAUCAAGAUAUUCCAGGGGUGAUUGCACUAACAUUGUUUGAAGACUACAUCUACUGGACGGAUGGGAAAACGAAAUCACUCAGCCGUGCCCACAAAACCUCUGGAUCAGACAGGCUAUCACUGAUUAACUCAUGGCAUCCCAUAACAGACAUCCAGGUGUAUCAUUCUUACAGGCAACCUGAUGUGUCUAAACAUCUGUGCACUGUAAACAAUGGUGGCUGCAGUCAUUUAUGCCUUCUAGCCCCUGACAAGAUGUAUACUUGUGCCUGUCCCACCAACUUCUACCUUGCUGCAGAUAACAAGACGUGCUUAUCAAACUGCACUGCCAGUCAGUUCCGUUGCAAGACUGACAAGUGCAUUCCAUUUUGGUGGAAAUGUGACACUGUUGAUGACUGUGGAGAUGGCUCUGACGAGCCUGAGGAAUGUCCUGAAUUCAGAUGUCAGCCAGGACGUUUUCAGUGUGGAACUGGACUUUGUGCUCUUCCAGCCUUUAUCUGUGAUGGAGAGAAUGACUGUGGGGACAAUUCUGAUGAACUGAACUGUGACACACAUGUGUGCCUUUCGGGUCAGUUCAAGUGCACAAAGAAUCAGAAGUGUAUUCCCAUAAAUCUGAGAUGUAAUGGACAGGAUGACUGUGGUGAUGAAGAAGAUGAAAGAGACUGUCCUGAAAACAGUUGUUCUCCAGACCAUUUCCAGUGUAAAACAACAAAACACUGCAUUUCUAAACUGUGGGUAUGUGAUGAAGACCCAGACUGUGCUGACGGAUCAGAUGAAGCUAACUGUGAUAAAAAAACUUGUGGUCCCCAUGAAUUCCAGUGCAAAAACAACAACUGUAUUCCAGAUCACUGGAGAUGUGACAGCCAAAAUGAUUGUGGUGAUAAUUCUGAUGAAGAAAACUGUAAGCCUCAAACAUGCACUUUGAAAGACUUUCUUUGUGCAAAUGGAGACUGCGUUUCAGCAAGAUUCUGGUGUGAUGGAGACUAUGACUGUGCAGAUGGCUCAGAUGAGAGAUACUGUGAAACAGGCUGCUCGAGAGAUCAGUUCCAGUGUUCAAAUGGUCAGUGCAUAUCAGCAAAAUGGAAAUGUGAUGGACAUGAAGACUGCAAACUUGGGGAUGAUGAGAAAAGUUGUGAUCCAGCAUCUCCAACCUGCUCUUCAAGUGAGUAUGUGUGUGCAAGCGGAGGCUGCAUUUCUGCAUCUUUGAAAUGUAAUGGAGACUAUGACUGUGCUGAUGGAUCUGAUGAGAUAUCUGGACUGUAUGUCUUUAAAAAGCAAACACGUGUAAGGGGAAAUAUAUGUAGAGCUGAUGAAUUUUUGUGCAACAAUUCUCUCUGCAAACUACAUUUUUGGGUUUGUGAUGGCGAGGAUGACUGUGGAGAUAACUCUGAUGAAGUUGCUGAAAUGUGUGUGAAGUUUCCAUGCCCUCCAACAAGGCCGUACAGAUGUAGGAACAACAGGGUUUGUCUGCGACCUGAGCAGAUUUGCAAUCAGGUUGAUGACUGUGGUGAUAACUCAGAUGAAGAUCAUUGCGGUAGUAAAAUCACAUAUAAAGCACGACCAUGUAAAAAAGAUGAGUUUGCUUGUAAUGAUAAGAAGUGCAUUCCAAUGGAUCUGCAGUGCGAUUGGUUUGAUGACUGUGGAGAUGGUUCAGAUGAGCAAGACUGCAAAAUAAGUAUCACUGAAUAUACAUGUGAAGAUAAUGUGAAUCCUUGUGGAGAUGAUGCAUACUGUAACCAAACAAAGACAUCCCUACUGUGUCAGUGUAAACCUGGAUUUCAAAGAAACAAGAGGAACAGACAAUGUGAAGAUAUCAAUGAAUGUAUGGUGUUUGGUGCCUGCUCCCAACACUGCAAUAAUAUUAAGGGAUCAUACAAAUGUGCAUGUGAGAAAAAUUAUAAGGAGAGGAAUAACAGUUGCAUAGCAAAAGGCUCUGAAGAUCAAGUUCUCUAUGUUGCUAAUGACACUGACAUCCUGGGUUUUGCAUAUCCAUUCAACUACAGUGAUGUUCAUCAGCAAAUAUCACACAUUGAACAUAAUUCAAGGAUAACUGGAAUGGAUGCAUAUUUUCAAGGGGACAUGAUUGUUUGGAGUACUCAGUUUAAUCCAGGAGGGAUUUUCUACAGAAAACUUCACGACAGAGAGAGAAGGCAAAGUAGCAGUGGCUUAAUAUGCCCAGAAUUCAAAAGACCUAGAGGCAUUGCUGUUGACUGGGUUGCUGGAAAUAUUUAUUGGACUGAUCAUUCCAGAAUGCAUUGGUUCAGCUACUAUACAACUCAUUGGACUAGUCUGAGAUACUCCAUCAAUGUAGGACAAUUAAAUGGACCUAACUGUACAAGACUCCUUACCAGCAUGGCAGGAGAACCAUAUGCAAUUGCUGUAAAUCCUAAAAAGGGGAUGAUGUACUGGACAGUUAUUGGGGAUCGCUCUCACAUAGAGGAGUCAUCUAUGGAUGGUAGUCUGAGAAGGAUAUUGGUUCAAAAGAAUUUACAAAGACCUACAGGUCUCGUGGUGGAUCAGUUCAGUCAGCGUUUGUUCUGGGCUGAUUUUGAGUUAUCUGUUAUUGGCAGUGUUCUUUUUGAUGGUUCUGAUUCAGUUGUGUCUGUGAGCACUAAACAAGGUUUACUGCAUCCACAUAGAAUUGACAUUUUUGAGGAUUACAUAUAUGGAGCAGGUCCUAAAAACGGUGCAUUUAGAGUACACAAAUUUGGCAGGAGCCUUGUAGAAUAUCUAAAUGUGGAUGUUGAUAAAGCAAAAAGUGCCUUGAUUUUUCACCGCUACAAACAAAUGGACUUGCCUAAUCCAUGCUUGGACCUGACUUGUGAGUUCAUUUGCUUACUUAACCCUUCUGGUGCAACAUGCGCUUGUCCAGAAGGAAAAUCAUUAGUGAAUGGGACGUGCAUUGAUCAGAGCCUCUUAGAUGACACCUGUAAACUAACCUGUGAAAACGGAGGGAAGUGCAUUAUAAAUGAGAAGGGAGAUCCUCGCUGUCACUGCUGGCCAAGUUACUCUGGUGAAAGGUGUGAAACUAACCACUGCUACAACUACUGCCAGAAUGGAGGAACCUGUGGAGCCUCUCUCCUUGGGAGGCCUACCUGCAACUGUGCGCUGGGUUUUACAGGACCAAACUGCAACCAGACGGUCUGCGAUCGCUUUUGCCAAAACGGAGGAACCUGCAGUGUCACUGCUGGGAAUCAACCCUUCUGCAACUGCUUGUCUGACUACACAGGAGACAGAUGUCAGUACUAUGUUUGUCACCACUAUUGUGUGAAUUCUGAAUCAUGCACCAUUUCUGAUGAUGGAAGCGUAGAAUGUGUCUGUCCAGUAAGAUUUGAAGGUCCAAAAUGUGAAGUGGACAAGUGUAUCAGAUGUCAUGGGGGACACUGCAUAAUAAACAAGGACAGUGAUGAUGUAACAUGCAAUUGCACUAAUGGAAAGAUUGCCUCUACCUGCCAGCUAUGUGAUGGCUACUGUUACAAUGGGGGAACAUGUCAGCUGGACCCAGAGACAAAUAUACCUGUCUGUCUAUGUUCAGCCAACUGGUCAGGCACACAGUGUGAGAGGCCAGCUCCCAAAAGCAGCAAGUCUGACAACAUCAGUACAAGAAGUAUUGCAAUCAUUGUUCCUCUUGUUUUACUGGUGACUUUGAUCACUACUCUGGUAAUUGGACUAUUUCUUUGCAAAAGAAAACGAAGGACAAAAACCAUCAGAAGACAGCCCAUUAUAAAUGGAGGAAUCAAUGUAGAAAUUGGCAAUCCGUCGUAUAACAUGUAUGAGGUGGGCCACGAUCACACUGAAGGUGGUCUUUUAGCCUCAGAUUUUACUGUGAAUGCAGAAAAGGCCAGAUACAUAGGGGGAGGGCCCACUGCAUUCAAGCUUCCCCACACAGCUCCAUCAAUCUACCUAAACUCUGACUUGAAAGGACCACUAUCAACAGGGCCAACAAAUUACGCCAAUCCAGUGUAUGCAAAGUUAUACAUGGAUGGACAAAACUGUCGAAACUCCUUAGCAAGUGUUGAUGAAAGAAGAGAACUCCUUCCAAAGAAAAUAGAUAUUGGGAUAAGGGAGACUGUGGCAUAAUCUGCUGUAACCUUUUAUACUCUGUAUAAAUGUAUAAAAUAUAAGGAUUACUUUUCUAUGUACCAACAGUAUUAUAAUUGUUUUGGCAUCAGCAUUACCUCUGUUUUUUGUUUGGUUGAUUGUUUUCUGGGUUUUUCUUUUGCUGAUGACUUUUGACUGACCAUUUGUAAGGUAUUUUUAUGAAAAAGAAACUGCACUACGGUACAAUUUACAACAAUGCUGCUGAAAUAACACACCUUUAAAUUUGUUAAAAUCGCAAACAACGUAUUCGUUUGUAGCGUGAAAAUGAGCAAUCUAUUUUCUAUGAACUUUUUUGGUUCUACUUAAUCAAUGAAGAUGGUAUCUGCACUUUUUCAUUAUGUAGUCUGGAAGCUGUAGUACAGUGUGUAAUUUUGUUUAUUUUAAAUGGUGAAAGAAUGAUUGAAUGGUCUACGCUCUUCUUUGUGCCCAUUAGAAUUUCUCUUCAGAUCCUGAUAAAGCUAGAUAACUUUUCACAAACAAACAUAACUUGCUUUUAAAU